AUGAGUCGAAGAGAGACAAACUUGCCACCACGGGAACCAGGUCGUUUCUUAGUAGGCAAUACUGACUUCAAACCGGAGAUUCCAAUUGUUCUGAAAUUAUGGCAGAAACAUGGAGAUUUGUUCACUUUGAAGAUAUUUGGUAAGACAUUGGUAGUGGCUUGUGGCUAUCAGACGUUAUCGGACCUACUGGAGAAAAAUGGAGAAUCCAGUCGGGAGCAUCCCCCGGGUUAUAAUUACAAUGAAAUAUGGCAAAGGACUGGUUUUUUUGGUGCGUUUGGUCAGGUUUCUAGUAGGCAGAGAAAAUUUGCACACGAUACAUUGAAAGAGAUUGACUCUGGAGAUUCGGACAUAGAAUCGCACGUCGUCACUGAAGUUUCACACUUUAUUAAAGAAGUGGAAAAUGCUGAAGGACAGCCGUUUGAUAUCAAAGAGUUAAUCAAAACUAGUCAUUACAACAUUGCCUCAUCCCUGUUUUUUGGAGAAAGAUUUGAAUACAGUGACCCAGAUCUGAAACACCUAACAGAGUUUGUCUACGAAGCAACAAUGAUUGUUCCCGAUCAUGCAAUGCUGGCUUUCUUUGAGUGUCUGAAAUAUCUUCCAGGAGAUAAAUUUAAGAUCAAAAGGAAAAGAUACCUUAUUGGCGAGAUCCUUAAAAUAGUACAAAAGGCUGUAGACGGUCACAAGAACAUUCCAGAAAAAUCCAAUUCUACAGACUUUAUUUACAGUUUUCUAAAGGAACAGGAACGAAGAAAGCAAAUCGGUGAAGAUCUAGAGGGCUUCAAAGAUCGAGAUUUACUGUUUAUGGGGUAUGGGUUCCUCUUUGGUGGAAUCGGAGUUAUCGAAGCUCUCGACUGGGCCGUUUUAUAUCUGAUGCACCAUCAGGAGGUUGUCUCCCGAAUGCAGGAAGAAAUUGCACAGAACAUCGAAAGUAGCCACUCCCCCACCCUUGCAGAUAGACCAAAUCUUCCGUAUUGUCAUGCUGUAGUGUACGAGGUUCUCCGAACGGCGUCAAUCAUUUGUGUUGCCCCUUCUCAUAUCCUAUCUUCCAGUGUAACAAUUAAUGAUUAUACAAUCCCAGAAAAUACCUGGAUACUUCUGGCCCUGUGCACAGUCAAUAUGGAUCCGUCCAUCUUUCCGGAACCAGAUAAGUUUAAACCUGAUCGCUUCAUCAACAGUGAUGGACAAUUAUUUGGUUAUGAAAAAAUCAAGGCUUGUUUUUCUCUAGGACCAAGAAACUGUCUGGGUCAGCACAUUGCUGAAAUGGAAAUGUUCCUUGUCAUCACAGCUUUAGUGCAGAAAUUUGAUAUUAGAAAGGAUGAGAACAAUCCUCUCCCGUCUCUGGAAGGAGUGUAUAAAGGGGCGCGUCUGGCAAGUCCAUAUAAAGUUUGUCUGAAAAAGAGAUUGUAG